AUGAACGAUGAGGAGCUGGAGGAGCUCUUCUCCAUCAGUCAGUACACCACCACCAGCACCGCCGCGGCGACUCCCACGGCAAAGCUGCGGGAGGAAGAAUCGGUUAACAUAGUUGGAGGCGGCACCAGUCGCAAGCGAACAGCUUCUUCCGCGGCCCCGCCCCUCCCUGUCACGCUGCCUAUUCCACCUGACAUCGAGGCGAAGCUUUUUGACUACCAGAAGGAGGGAGUUAGUUGGCUGUACGAAAGGCACCGCAAGGGCCGUGGUUGUCUUCUCGCAGACGAGAUGGGGCUUGGUAAGACUGUGCAGAUUGCCACCUUCCUUGGCGCGCUGUACAUGGGCAAGCUCGCCACGAGCGCCAUUAUUGUCCUGCCGCCCACGCUGCUGCCCUUGUGGGAGUCGGCGCUUCAACACUGGGGACGCCUGGGGCCGCCCGUGGUGGAGGUGAUUCACGGCGACGCCAAGGCGAGGCGGCUGCAGCGGUGGCGGCGGCUGAGGCACGGCACCGCCUGCCUCUUCCUCACGACGUACGGGGUGCUGCGGCAGGACAGCGGCGCCAUGGGGGUGCGCAUGGUCGACUACGUCGUCAUGGACGAGGCCCACCUGAUUAAGGACGCCUCCACGCAGGUGUUUCAGAGCGCCAUGGCCCUGUCAGCGCGCCACCGCAUAGCCAUUACGGGAACACCGCUAAUGAACAACUUUGAGGACCUCUGGAGCAUCUUUCAGUUUAUCGACGGCUCCAUUCUUGGGACCACACGGGCCGACUUUCGCUCCAUCAACGCCGUGCUGCUGCGCGGCAACGAACGCGACGCGCUCGAGAAGGAGCGGGUAGACGCGGGAAGGCAGCUGGCGCUCAUUCAGGCGGCCAUACGCCCCUUCAUGCUUCGCCGCGACAAGCGUCAGGUGCAGAUGUUGCCUGCUGGAAAGCGGGACCUUAUUCUUUGGCUGCGCCUGAAUGAAACGCAGGAGCGGCAGUACGUCUCCUUCGUCGAGGGUGGGCGCGUGGACGUGGCACUUCGCGAUAGCGACACCUCACAGCCGCUUGUUCUGCUCACGGCGUUGAUGCGGACGUGCGACCACCCGUGGCUCAACCUUAGUGAUGAGGCGUAUCGAGAGGCCGUGCGGCAUCCACUGGCGUGCCCCGAGGCAAACAAAAACUGCGGCGAUGCGCUUAACAGCGCGAAGAUUGCCGCGGCGCUGGCGUUGGUUGUGAAGUGCAUUGGUGAGCAGCGCAAGACCCUUGUUUUCUCGCGUUCCAAGCGUCUGUUAGACCUCCUGGCCGUUGCACUGCGCUGCUGGUGGAUUGACUUCGCCCGUCUGGACGGGGAUGUGCCGGCGGAGGAGCGGGUGGGCACCGUCCGGGCGUUCAACCAGAGUGCGCGGGUGUGGGUGUGCCUUCUCACCACGCAGGUUGGCGGCGUCGGCCUCACGGUCGAGGCCGCCUCCGCCGUCGUCCUGCUGGACCCGAGCUGGAACCCUUCCGCGGACGCGCAGGCGAUCGACCGCGUCCACCGCAUCGGCCAGACCCGCGAGGUGGUCGUCUACCGCCUCGUCACCUGCGGCACCGUGGAGGAGAAGGUCUACCGCAACCAGGUCUUCAAGGUCAUGGCGGCCAAGCAAACCGCCUCCCUCGGCGCGCCGGCAGGGCAGGAGGGCGCGGAGUUUCACCGCUACUUCACCCGCCUGCAGCUGCGCAGCAUGUUUGACGUGGGCACGCUGGACCGCAGCGAGACGGCGGCGCAGUUGGACGCCCUGCACCCCCACGCCGUGUCCCCCACGGAGCGCGCGGCGCUGACCGCGCUGCCGUUCGUCUGCGACGUCAGCGACAACAGCCGCGUCCACGUCGAGGCGGUGGUGGAGGCGGAGCGGGAGCCCGACACCCCCCUCGCCGCCGCGCGUCGCUGUGGCGCGAAACGCCGGCGACCCGCAAGCCAGUCCCCCCCGGCUUCGCAGGAAUGCCGCCACGAGCCGCUCAGCCAGGAGGAGGUCUCGGAACUCAUCCUGCAGCUGGAGGAGGAGGAGGGGGCUGCCGGCAGCCAAUCCGCCACCGGGCGGCUGUCGGCCUGCGACGAUGCGACGGCACUGGCGGCGUCCUCUGCUGGCAGAUCGUCGGCAGAGUGA